AUGACCGAGGCAAUCAUCAAUGAGGGAAGUCCCUUAGGCUACAGCCAGGGCUACUCCGAGGACAUCGAUGCCAUCCGGCAGCGCGAGUACCCCAUGCUCUCAGACACAACAUAUCUCGAUCACGCCGGGACGACGCUCUACGCAAAGUCGUUGAUCGACUCGUUCUCCAGGGACCUUACCACCAACCUCUUCGGAAACCCGCACUCGCUAUCGGCUUCGUCGCAACGCACCACCCAGCGCGUGGACGACAUCCGCCUGCGAGCCCUCCGUUUCUUCAACGCAGACCCGGAGCAUUUCGACCUUGUUUUCGUGGCGAACGCUACUUCCGCCAUUAAACUCGUCGCAGACGCCCUCCGCGACUCCGCGCACGGGUUCUGGUACGGAUACCACGUGGACGCGCACACGAGUUUGGUCGGCGCGCGGGAGCUCGCGCAGGCCGGAAGCCGAUGUUUCACGACGGACGAGGAGGUUGAAGCAUGGAUUGCACAGCUCGAUGCUGACCGGACUGGGGCGGCGCAAUUGUUUGCUUUCCCGGCCCAGUCAAACAUGAACGGGCGGCGGUUGCCACUGCGCUGGUGUGGACGGAUCCGCGAUAGGACGAAGGAGACCGCAACAACUUAUACGCUGCUCGAUGCGGCGUCUCUGGUAGCGACGUCACCGCUAGACUUGAGUGAUGUCUCUGCAGCUUCGGACUUCACCGUCCUCAGCUUCUACAAGAUCUUCGGCUUCCCUGACCUUGGAGCGUUGAUUGUGCGAAAAUCUGCGGGUCAUAUCUUCGCGCAACGGCGGUUCUUUGGCGGAGGGACGGUGGACAUGGUCCUGACGCAGGAUACGCAGUGGCAUGCGAAGAAAAGAUCGGUCCAUGAGAUUUUGGAAGACGGCACGCUGCCAUUCCACAAUAUCAUCGCGCUGGACUCGGCGUUGGAUACCCAUGCGCGGCUGUACGGUUCGAUGGGCAACGUUUCUACCCACACACGCUUUCUUGCGAGGACACUCUACGAUCGUCUUGCUGCGUUGAGGCAUUUCAACGGCGAGCGAGUCGUUCAUUUCUAUAUGGGUCGCUCCCCGGAUUUUGCCGACGCGUCCGCGCAGGGGCCUAUCCUGGCCUUCAACCUGCGCAGCAGCCAGGGAGGCUGGAUCGGCAAAUCGGAGGUGGAGCGCCUCGCUAGUGUGAAGAGCCUCCAGAUCCGAUCUGGCACGCUAUGCAACCCCGGAGGCACGGCGAGUCAGCUCGGCUGGUCCGGAGCUGACAUGCUACGCCAUUUCUCUGCGGGCCUGCGCUGCGGCGACGACCACGAUGUCAUGGACGGGAGGCCCACGGGCAUCUUGCGGGUGAGCCUGGGGGCUAUGAGCAACCUGAGAGAUGUGGAAGCGUUCGUGGCCUUUGUGGAGGAGUUCUACGUCGAGAAGACGCCGAACGUCUGUUCGGUGGUUCCAUCUGCGGCGGAUGACUCCCUGCAGGCAGGCUUCUACGUCGAGAGCCUCGCCGUCUAUCCGAUCAAAAGCUGCGGCGCGUUCAAGGUCCCUGACGGCCAGCGCUGGGAGAUCCGCCGCGAAGGGCUGGCCUGGGACCGCGAAUGGUGUCUCGUCCAUCAGGGCACCGGUGCCGCGCUGAACCAGAAGAGGUACCCUCGCAUGGCGCUGAUCCGGCCGCAUAUCGAUCUCGCUCGCGGCGUCCUCCGCGUGGUUUGCGGCGAGGCCUCCUCGGAGCAGAAGACGCUGGAGAUCUCACUACGCCGCGAGGACGCCAGUCUAGUAACGACGUCCCUCUGCCAGAACGCUGCAAAACCGUCCACCGUCUGCGGGGACCAGGUCGUCGUCCAGGUAUACUCCUCCACUGCCGUCUCCUCGUUCUUUUCCACUUUCCUCGACGUCCCCUGCACCCUGGCGCGAUUCCCGCCGCAGUCCACAACGAGGUACACCAGGCGCAGCCUUCACAGCCGUUCAUCCACGGCUGCCCUUCGACGCCAGCGCCCCGUCGAGGAAUCCUCCAUGCCCGGCUCGUUCCCGUCCGACACGCCUCUUUCACGCACGCCGGAACCCCCACCCAUCCUCCUCGCCAACGAGAGCCCCAUCCUUCUCAUCUCGCGGUCGUCCGUGAACCGGCUCAACGAGACGAUCAAAGCCAGCGCCAAAAAGGCCGUCGCGGCCGACGUCUUCCGCGCCAACAUCGUCGUCGCCGAGAACCUCCCCCACCAGCUCGCGAACACGGAGCGGCCCUACAUCGAAGAUCGGUGGGAGUCGUUCACCGUCGGUCCAGACCGGCUGCAGUUCGACGUGCUGGGGUCGUGCCAGCGGUGCCAGAUGGUCUGCAUCGAUCAGUGCUCCGGGGAGCGGCGGGAUGAACCGUUCUCAACCCUGGCGAAGACGCGGAAGGUGGGCAGUCAGAUUGUGUUUGGGAGGCAUGCUGCGGUAGCAGAUGGUGUGGAUGGGAUAUCGCGUACGGUCAUGGUUGGGGAUGUUGUGCGACCGUGGUAUCCGGAAUGA